GUUUGGAUCCUAGUUUAUUCAGCAGAGUAAUGAGCUAGCUCUCACCUUACAAAAUGGAAUGGGCACAUUUAUAAAGAGAAAUCCUGUUUAUAAAACAGAGCAUGAAGGUUCCUCUACAAUGGAAGGUAUGACAGGAGAUAACCAUACUGUGGAUUACGAUGAAGUUCAGAAAAGGGAGACUGGGAAGAAUACAGGAAACCGAUGCAAUUUGAAUAUGGAUCUACAAGUUACCACCAGGACACCAGAAGUGGCUGCACUUUUCCAUUUAGAGAAUAAACAUCAUUUUGAUGAGUUUGAGUGCUCUUCAGAUCAAUACCGCAAGCAGGAUCUCUUUCCUAAGUGGCAUUUGCCAGUGAAAAUAGCUUUUGCAUUGGCAUUGUUAACAUUUAUCUAUACUUUUCUGAGAGAUGUCAUCUACCCUUUUGUAACUAUUAAUGAAAAUGCUUUCUAUAAAAUUCCAAUUCUAGUGAUAAACAAAGUUUUACCAGUGGUUUCAAUCACUCUUUUGGCACUGGUUUAUUUACCAGGAGCAUUAGCUGCUGGGUUCCAGCUCUAUUAUGGCACAAAAUAUAAACAAUUUCCACAGUGGUUAGAUAAGUGGAUGUUAUCAAGGAAACAGUUUGGACUUCUCAGUUUCUUCUUUGCCACAAUGCAUGCAUGCUAUAGCUUGUGUUAUCCAAUGAGAAGAUCUUACAGAUACAAGCUGCUGAAUUGGUCAUACCAACAGGGCAAAAAAGGCAAGGAAAAUGCCUGGAUUGAGCAUGAUGUUUGGAGGAUGGAGAUUUAUAUCUCUCUAGGAAUUCUGGGACUUGCUAUGCUGGCCAUACUAGCAGUAACAUCAGUUCCAUCCAUCAGUCACUCUUUGACCUGGAGAGAGUUCCAUUUUAUUCAGACCAACAUGGGAUAUUUAGCCCUAAUGCUAUGCACAAUUCAUGCUCUGGUAUUUGCCUGGAAUAAAUGGAUCGACAUAAAUCAAUUUGUCUGGUAUACACCCCCUACAUUUAUGCUAGCAGUUUUUCUUCCUAUUGUGGUCUUGCUUUGUAAAAGUGCACUGCUUCUGCCAUGCCUUAGGAAGAGGAUACAGAAGAUCAGAUGUGGCUGGGAUGUUAACACAGAAACAGAUAAAACAUGGAUGACUUCCAGGUUGUAGACUGAAUAUGGAAGUUUAUCUUGUUGCCAUGAAAAGAUAUACAUAUAUCUAUGAAAUGUUUACAUGCUGGAUUUGCCCCAUUUGGUUAAAUGUUUCUUUUGUACUUUUCAUUUCUACUUCUGUUGUGGGGUAUGAAACCCACAUUCAAAUUUGGACCAUGGGUGAGAGAGUAAAGUUUAAAUUUAAUUUGCAUUCAGGAAUUGACUCAUUUCUUUAUUGAGUCUGUUAUUUUAAAAUCCAGCUUCCUCAUCCCCACAAACUGACUCAGCAAAGAGGAAAUGAUGUUAAAUCACCACCUCAUAAAUUGACCACAGAAAGUAAAUGAGAAAACAAUCUUAAAAAACCAGAUCCGAGUCUUAUAUUGUAAUGGCUUUACUCUGCUUCUGUUACUUAAGAUUGGAAAAUGUUUUCCUACUUUGGGUGAGGUUUUUAAAAAGUAAUUAUAAAAUCAGUUUUGUAAUUAUGAAAUCAAACUUCCACUUAGAUUUGAAUGAGGAACUAAUGAAACCUCACUUUCUCUGUGAUAGCUAAGCCUGGUUGAAUGAUUCUGGUUGAAUAAUUCUUGUUGGGAUAAUUUUAAAUAAAUU